AUGGCAGAGAGACCGGAGGAUCUGAACCUCCCCAACGCGGUCAUCACCCGGAUCAUCAAAGAGGCGCUCCCAGACGGUGUGAAUGUGUCUAAAGAAGCGAGGAGAGCCAUUUCCCAAGCAGCCAGUGUGUUUGUGCUCUACGCCACGUCCUGUGCGAACAACUUUGCAAUGAAGGCAAAAAGAAAAACUCUGAAUGCAGGAGACGUCUUGGCCGCGAUGGAGGAAAUGGAGUUCGAACGAUUCCUGGAGCCUCUCAGAGAAGCUUUAGAAGUGUAUAAAAAAGGCCAGAAGGGGAAGAAGGAUGUUUCGGAGCAGAAGCGCAAAGAUAAGGAGAAGAAGAACGAUUCAGAGACCAAUAAAAGUAGAGAAGAGGAGGAUGAGGAGUGCAUGGAGGAGGAGCCUGAAGCCGACGCUGAGGGGGCGGUGACGGCAGAGGAGGAGGAGGUGGAGAACUGAGACCGCUGGAACAUCCAGAACCUGCAUCUCCUCCACUGAGGUCAGGGGGUGAUGGCAUUUAAUCAACCCUCCAGGCCAAACUACCAUGACCUCACAGGGGGCGGAGUUACAGCUCCAGGUGUCUUCAAACACGUCUACUGAUGUCAGAGUCCAUCAGCAGAUGGGACACAAUGAAAAGAUAUACAAGUUUUGUUUUGUUACUUCAGUCUGAUCCAUAAGUAUUUGGACAUCUUUGGGGCAUUUGGUUUUGUCUGUUGAGCAAAUUUCAGUUUAACCAAAUAAUUCAAAGUGUGUUCUUACAGUUUAAUUAAAUUAUCAAACCUGGAUGAACAGCA